AUGGGACAAGAGGAGAGCCACACAGAGGAGAUGGAUCUGGCACGGAUUCAGGAGCUGUGCAUCAUUUUCAUGAAGGAGUGUCCGAGCGGUGCGUUGCACUUACACGAGUUCAAGAGGAUCUUCGGCGUCCAGAGCUGCUCUGCAGAAGAGUCCCUCUACAUCGAGACAGUAUUCCGCUCCUUCGACACAAAUAGGGAUAACAGACUGGACUUCAUCGAGUAUGUAGCAGCAAUUAACUUGAUCUUACGGGGGAAUCUGCAAGAUAGGCUCAAGUGGUCCUUCAAGAUGUACGACAAGGACGGGAAUGGCAAGUUGGACAGACAGGAGGUGAAACGAAUCAUAAGGAUUAUGUACAAAAUCAAGCUCCCGACGAGUGACGUCAGCAUGACGCCGUCCGAAAUCUGUGACAGAAUCUUUGAGUUGGUUGACCAGAAUCAUGACGGUCAGAUAACCUUGUCUGAGUUCAUGGAGGGAGCUCAGAAGGAUGAAUGGGUCAUGAACCUGCUGAAGUUGGACGUUAACGCUGCCGGCUGGGUGAUGCAGAACAGUGGGAGGUUGCCAUGA